CUCAAUCGCAAUGGCGGACACGAAGGAUUCAUCGAAUCAAAAAUCCCAAGAAAUGAAAGCUGAAUUGAAUCGAAGUGCAAGCGGAGAACCUCUUCCGGAUCCUAAAAGUAUUCAAGAUCUUACUCAAUAUGUCCAAAGUCUUCUUCAGCAAAUGCAAGACAAGUUUCAAAUUAUGUCUGAUCAGAUAUUAGCAAGGAUUGAUGAUAUGGGUCAUCGCAUCGAUGAUCUGGAGAAGAAUAUUGGUGACCUGAUGACUCAGGCAGGUGUGGAGGAAACCGACAAAUGACAAAGAAAGGAGACCGAUUUCCAUUGGUCAUUCAGCUCCGACAGCGAUCAGUGACUUCGGUUCCGGAUCAAAAAUCAUGAACACAUUUUGUGUAAGUUUCGAUAGUUUGUCCCCUACAAAAUACCGGCAGUUGUGGAAACUUCCCGAAAGUGUUAAAAAAAUGCCAUCUUUUUCUUUUUUUCCCUUUUUUACGCCAUCUUAAGACUGUCUUGAUAAGUUUUUGAACAUAUUAGUUUUUUUAAAGAGUAGGUCAUAUAAAUUUAUAGGUAAGUUUGGCUUCGCUGUGAAGAGAGGGUCUUGGCAAUAAUUGUUUUUAAAUUAUCAUCUUUAUAUUUUCUUGUAUGAUAAAUGAAUGAAAUGUUGCCUAAUGAAAUAUAAGUAAUUUUUGCUUUUAAGUUAUCUUCUUUAUACUUUCUCCCGUUAUAAGUAGUACAAAAUUUUGCAUAGUGAAAGAUAUUAAGUAAAUUUUGCUUUUGUGUUUAAUUUUUCAUUUAUUUAAUAUGUUCCUUCAAUUAAUUAUUUAUCAUUUCAAUGAUGGCAGAGUAGUAGUAAUUUGCGUGGGCGUCCACAUAUAGGGAGAAGUAGAGGCUCUAGCCCCCCCCCCCUAGAAAUGAGAACUUUCUUGCUUUUAAUAUUUUUUUCUUUGCAAAAAUGUAAAACAUUUCUUCUCCAGCCAUUAAUGAAUAAGUUAUUAAAAAUGUCAAAUUUUAAAAACUCCAAUCUGUAAUGAAAUCUGUUUCCAUGGGGAAAAUAUCCUGCUAAACCAUAGAGUACAUUUCUGAGCCCCCCCCCCCUUUACAAUUUUUCAUGUGGGCACCUAUGGUAAUUUGAUAUACCACAGUAAUGUUUGUAAUUCCACAAAGAAAUUAGAAGUUUUCUAAUGUGAGAAAAGUGCAGAAAAAGACUGAAGUUUACAUUAGUACUAUUGUACAGAAAAUUUUAAACAGGAUCAAUAUGAAAACGAUUUCCAAAGAAACAUAUUGUUGAAUUUGCUUUUAUCUCCAGCAAUGAAUGUUGUGUAUGGAUUAUUUGGUUGACAAUACAAUUUCGUGGUUUUUACCGACAUGUAAUAGUAGAGUUAUUAAUAUGACCAGAUACUCUGCAUUAUAUCUGAAAAGACGUAUUGCUCUUGACUUCAUUAAAAAUUUUGCUAUUUGAAGUAAAUAAUUAUUUAAGAUGAUACAGUGUGAAAUACAUAUGCACGAAAACAUUUAACAUGAAAAAUUGAUUAAAAUAAAAUACUAGAGAGGUCUGAACAGUAUACUGAGCAAUGUAAUACAAAUCUUUGAGCACAAAAUUCUUUUAACACAAAAAUAUAUUUUGGUAUCUUCAGUUUCAUGUUAAAUGAUUUUCACUGUUUAUGCAUUUACGUACUGUAGUAUAGAUCAAUGAUUCUCAACCCGUGGUCCUCGGACUGCUGCUGGUCUGUAAAUAUCUAGUGAUAAAUUAAUCUAUAAAUAAAUUUUAUAGUUGUAAUUAAGUUUUAUUGAAGCAAACUUUUGGAUUAAUCUCAUUUCACCUAAUAAUUUUUGUGAAAAUAGUAUUUUUAUCUAAUUUGGUUUGCUUAGAAUUCGCAAGUGUACCACAUGGUCUGCAGAAGUGAAAAGGUAGUAUAGAUUAUUCAACAGUUUUGCAAUGGAAAUGUAUUGCUUGAUGAUAAUGAUACUUGUUUUUGCUUAAGAUGACCAGUGUGGUGUAAUAUGUUUAUAUGGUAGUUGUUAAACCUUUUUUUAAAAAUUCCUGUUAAUUUGUGGGAACAUUUUUUUUUUUAAAAAGCCUUAAGAAAAACUUAUGUUUUUCAUAUUUGAAAAUUUAUUUAUUGGAACUGUGUGGGAAUAUUUUUUUCUGUUAAUCUAAACCAUCCCAAUGGUUCAGAAUUGUUUUAUUAUUAUUAUUUAUUAGAACUAAAUUACAUUAUUCCUGAGCUGUUGAAAUAUGAACUGGUGCUGAUACAUAAUUUUUAGUGUCCAGUGGGUAAAAAUCGAGCUUUAAAUAAAUGUAGAAGUUGAAAACUUUCUACUGAAUUCAUUUUUUUUUUAAAUCCAAGUCUCUUCACAGCAAAAGACUGCAUGAUUUAUACAUAUUUGGAUAUAUAUAAUGUUUCCAUACCAAAAAUAUUCAUCAUUUGUGAUGUGCUCACUUUUUGUCUACACUUUGUACGGUCUAAUAAUAAGUAUCUUGUUGUCCAUUUCUGUAUGUUAAAUAGAAUUCCAUACCUUUUGUAAUUACAUUUAAUGUUUUCCAUAUUAUGCAAUUGUGUUGGUGAAGUAAUGUUGCAUAGCAUGAAAUUUUCAUAGUAUAUUGUAAAAUAAACUGCUCUAUUAAAUGGUUA